AUGAUGUGCAUUGGAUCUGUGAUGGCCCAGUCCCAAAUAGAGUGCAUCACAUCUAUUCAAUCCUAUCCUACAGCGGCUUGCAACCUGUCUCACUGCAGCGGGCGGGUAGAGCCGCGCGCCCACCUCAAACCGACGCUCACAUCAUGCAAGGCUCAGGCUGAAGCCUGGAACCCUGGUCCAAAGAGGCACGUCGUUCCUCGCAACUUCGGCUUCAAACAUGUCCCCGGUGAACGGCCCGUCUCGCUCCUCAUUCAUCUUCCUUUGCAGGCAUCACGAGCAACCCAACCAGGUAGCUCGAUUCCUCUUUUCUCCCCCUUCACAACUUGUCAUUUGAUUAUCCAGCCCCUCCUUCACCCACCCACUACCCUUGAGCCUUGGCCUCUGAGCCUCGACCCUUAUCCUCCGUGUCAAAGACGCAUCUUUGACCAGGGCUCUGAGGAUCAUUGUGAAGCCAUCUUCUGCGAUGCCACUUGCUCAAACGUCACUUUCGUUCAUUUUCUUCUUGACUGGUAUGGUAUGGUUGCUCCGGUGAAUGUACACACAGAUCAAGAUGCGGUCCGCUGCUUCAUCGAGCCCUCUUUCGUCUGCUCAUCGCAAGCCACCUCCGCCAUGGCCAACUGUCCACCAGGGAUAUACUUCUUGGAUUUGUUGUUGGCAAUGGUUGCCAUUGUUGGGAGAUGA